AUGGGGUGCGAGCUUCCAUGUGAAGACUUCAUAUUCAACUCCGAGCAUCCUUUCUCAGACCCAAAUUUCCGAUUUACGCGGCAAACUACCAUCUCAGAGGGCUUUCAUUUUCUCUUUCAAGAUAUUUCUAACCAAACUUCAUCCUCCCCCUAUUUCUCACCCAUCUCACCUCGGGAAAGUAAUACAUUCGAGUUGACAACGCCACUUGUGGAAAUUUCUCAAAGUCAACAUGACACACUGCUAUCUGAACCCAUUGGAACAUCUAAUCCUUGGCCUGCCGGUGGACCACUAACGAAUCGAGCUUCCAGGGCGCUUUACCGUUGGCGCGAGCAAUGGUUGGAGCUCUGCAAUAAGAUGUCUAGCAAUGAAUGGAGUAAUGUUGGCCUCAGCAAGACUGGAUAUAACUUUUAUCUGGUUUCGCAGCUUUUGUUGAACAUGGGAAGCACAGGUGGCUUAUGCAAGAUGGAAGGCAAUUGUGAAGACAGACUGGAGCAACUCAAGGUGCUGUUGCCUGACGACUACGAUUGA